AUGGUGAGUGAUUGUGUUCCGCCUAGUCUCAGGCGUGCGUGUGUGGCUUGUAUUGCCAUGGAUUUCUACCUCAGAGUACUUCUCUGUUUAUUUUGUCCGUUUGGUAUGUAUUGUAGACGUUCAAGCGCAGGAAUGGAGGCCGGAACAAGCACGGGCGCGGCCAUGUGAAAUUCAUCCGCUGUUCAAACUGCGCCAAGUGCUGCCCGAAGGUGACUCCUCGAUACCUCUUCUUUAAGUAGAUGUUUGUAUACGAUUAUGUCAAUUGAUUGCCGUGGAUAAAACCCUAGAUCUGCAUUUGCCUCCCUGGAUUAUCGGCAUCCUCUAGUUGCAUUUUGUUGUGUUUCAUGGUAACGUUUGUUUUAUGAGUUUUUACGCAAUAGGCGGCCCCAUCACGCUAUCGAUGAACAUGACAGUGAUAUAACGACUUUAAUUUAUUUUCUGUUUGCUAUAAACUUCUGUUUAAUGUCCUAUUGCCCGUGAUAAUGUGAUUUCCAGGACAAGGCCGUUAAGCGGUUCCUUGUGAGGAACAUUGUCGAACAAGCUGCCGUCAGAGAUGUCCAGGAGGCUUGUGUAUAUGAGAGUAAUGAUGACGAUCACUUUUUGAUCUUCUUAUAUAUAUAGAUAUAGAUAUAUACUCUGUCCUGUCAUCUUAACCAUAAACGUCGGUAUCUCAGGCUACACUCUUCCAAAGCUAUAUGCCAAGGUUCACUACUGUAUUUCGUGUGCUAUUCACUCGCAUGUCGUGCGGGUACGGUCGCGCACCAACAGAAGGAACCGUGAGCCACCACAGCGCUUCAGACGCAGGGUACUAUCUCUUGUUGCUUUCUUCUAUCGUAGUGAGGCAUAUUUUAUAUAUGGUCACCAUCGUUUCUUUUAUUUCGUGGCUUUGAGGUUACCGAAAUGAAUCGUUUGUUGUGAUGGAGUGAAUCGUCUAUUCAGACUCAAGGUCCAUGUUUUCUUAAGUUGGCUUGCUUGAAUUAAGAAAAUACUUGUAAUCAUUGAGCAUCAAGGAGUUUUGAUAGUAACCUUUCGGCAACAAUUCUAAUGCAUCGUUUGAUUUUCGCCCAGCAGGUGUCCCUAUUGGGAAGGAUUCAGGUUUUUUUUAUAUUAGUUUCAUGAAUAAAUAUCAUGUACAUCGCUAGUAUGAUACAAAUCUCUAGAAUUUUUCACAUUGAUUCUGCUGUUUAGAUAACUCGGAUGAUCAUUCUAAGUACUCUAGUAAUUGAGCGAAAGCAAAGUCUUGGUUCCAAUCAAGUAACUACGGUGUCAAUGAAAUCUCCUAAUAAAGUAAAAAGUUAGUCCGUGCUAACCGUUUGGGGUUAUUGGAUAGGACCGUAGCGUUGACUGUGGUUAUCCGUUUCAAACGCUAAUUAAAACUAAAUUUUCCGAGCUUGUUUUGGUCACAUGCGGUCAUUACAUUGCAGCCACAAGAUAAUUGUUGUUAACGUUGGAAGACAUUAAUAAUUUUCAUUUGAUCCUCCUUAAAUAAUAAUAUAUAUGUGGUUUCUCGUUACCCCUGCUAACAUGUCGAGGGCAGUCUGUUGAUCUUGCUCUCUUUGUGGAAGGUCAGUUUUGUUACUCUGCUCUCUCACGGCCACUACCAUUAUCGUCAGCCGAAUGUCAUUAAUUUCAUUAAUUAGUCUUAGUGCCGUUAUCAUCAAGCUCCUCGUUAGAUUAUUGUCAGAUGGCUAAUGCAGGGCCUUCAGGGGGGCAUCUGUAGCCAUGAGAAUUUUUACGGGCAUUGCUCUCAAUUACGAUGUUCUGGCAUUAUAUUAUGCAUGUUCUGAGCCCACGGCGUCAUCAUUUUGGCCCUUGUCUACUGUUUAAAGGAUAAUAUGCCCUAAUCCUACAUUCCUCAGCUGCACCUUCUGUGGUACAUUUUUGGGUUAUAUUCCCCUCUCGAUUGCUAGAAGAGCAAUCUAAGUAUAGUACCAAAUUUUAACUCUUGUUGGUAUUAAGGAAUCCCAAAUUGCUUUUUUGGUUAAGGAAUGAUAUCUCCAAAUCAUUAGUUAUUUUUAAAUAGCUAGUGCACAUCUCUUGGGCAAGCAUAGUCCGCCGUCAUAAGCGUGUGAUAAGCUUAUGGAAUUAUAGGGGGGAUCUUUUCUUGACUUGACAUGGCUCCUUUUGUUACAGGACGACACGGCGAGGCCAGGGCAGGCGCCGGGGCAGGGGCAGGGGCCACGCCCACCUGUUGGGAUCGCCAAUCCAGUUCGCACGUAA